UUUAUUUUUUAUUUUUUUCUGUUGGACAGAUUUUUCUGGCUCACCACUCCAUCGCUUUAAGAAGCCGGGAUCCAAAAACUUCCAGAACAUCUUUCCUCCCUCUGCAACUCUUCACCUCUCCAACGUCCGGGAUGCAGUCGGAGAGGAUGACCUACGUCUUCUGUUCUCCAACAGUGGAGGAACCGUCAAGGCCUUCAAGUUCUUCCAGGAUCGUAAGAUGGCCCUGAUCCAGAUGACGUCAGCAGAGGAGGCGAUCCAGACUCUGAUGGAACUCCACAACUACGACAUGGGAGGGAAUCACCACCUGAAAGUUUCCUUUUCAAAGUCUACCAUCUGAGCCCCACAGCUGACUCCUAAACCUUAAGAUCUAUGACGAGCGAGGAAGUCACUACCAUUUGUCGUCUCUUCUACGUUUUCCGUUAAACCUCCUCUGCGUUUUCCCCGACCCUUUAAUUUGACAGUACGAUAUUGUGUGUCAGUGAAAUGUGCUUCGAUGUCCAAAAUCUUCAAACGCAACGUAACACAUUAGAAAUGUUCAAGUAUUUCGGGUAAAAUAUUGAGAGAAAUCCAAAAUCCACAGAGCAAAUAUUCUUGCCCAGUAGAAGCAGCACAUACAUCGGACUGUGAGCAUCUUAAAGAGCAACUACAGUGUUGUGUUUAUCUCCCGUGGCUCAGCUCGUCACCUGGCUGCAGUGAUGUAAAAGUACAGCGUGACAUCACUGCUGGGUGGGUGUGGCUACAGAGCACACUAGCACACUGUUGACCAAAGCCUGCUGUCACUCUUUAGAGCAGCGGAGAGUUUUGAAUUGAAUCUUUUAUCAUUUGAAAUACCUGUUGUUUUUUUUUUGUUGUUUUUUUGUUGCAUUGCCCUAUCCACCUAUCAAUCUAGUCGGAGUCACUUUUUCCUUGAAUUUCCAGUUGAGGCUUUGCUUCCUGUGAUCUGUUUUUUCUCUGUACAUUGUGUCGCUACUUGAGCCACCUACCAAUUCUUUAGUGUUCCCAAUCAAACACCGUUUUGAUCCCCAAACUCCCAUCCGAUGUCCGUGCUGACCGUUCUUUGUGGUAGUAACGCCAACACAUCUCCAUCAUGACAGACUCAUCAACUCCACGUCGUCUACCGCGUGCCGACUCGCUCCUUUUCUGGUAGGCGGCCAUCGUCGGCGUGCAGUUUCUGACACAUUCUCAGUGUGCUGGUUCACGUCUCCAAAUGUUUGUGGACUUUGGUUUUUUUUUUUGGUUUUUUUUACAGCAUUUUUCCAAGCGACAAGCAUGAGGGAGUAGAUGGGGUUGUUACUAAAGGUUCAAGUUAAAUGUAAAUAUGACCAGUUUUACAUUACCAGCACCAACUUUUAUACUUUGUAGGCAUGUUGGCGCCCCUUCACUAGAACAGCUUGCAGAUUUGACCAUUUUGCUGCACUCUAAAAUGUAGUUUAAAUACCAGAUGGAACUACGUUUUGAGGACUUCAGUACCCAGAAAUCCUUUAAAGGGAACUACUUGUCGUGCAGUUUCUAAAUUUCAGAGGCAGUUUUUUCUUAACUGGCACACUUUCAGUUGUUUGUACACGAUCGGGUUCAAAGCGGCAUCGUACCACUUCUGUGAGGACGUUUCCUUUCUACUAGUAGUGACAUCAACACAUUGCUGACAUGCACUAAUAGUGAGGAUCCAAAGCUUUCAUCAAAGAAUAGAGGUUCCUGCAAAGUUUAAAUCCCAGUCUUUUACAGACCAUGAUGUUAGUGGGUGCACACACACAGACACACACAUAAAACAUACACAGGAUGCAUGCUGAUGCUGUCUGUUUGGACACGGUUUCAUGUGAUUCUGGUUUUGGGAGGAGGAGGCCUGUUGGGACCAAAGUACAUGUGCCUUUAGUCUGUGGUCUGAUUUGAUCUGUUGUGUCUUAAAACGUAUUAUUUUACCGGUGAAGUCUGUUGAUCUUGUGUUGUAGACCAGUAGAAAGUGAUUCUUUAGUUCUUCUUAGAUAGAAGUGGACCUCCGUUUGUCUAACAUGAAGCAGAGAUGCUCAGAAAGCAACUGAGGUCUUCUUCAAAGUAGCUUUUUAUUUAAUCGUCUCUGGUUCUUUACUUACAGUUUUUCUUUUUAGCAGAUUGUUGUACAUUUUCUGCUUAAAAUAAUUUUUUUGUUGUAGCAAAAUUUCCAACCAGCCCAAAUUAAACACGUCUUUUCUGCCAAUGAGCCCAGGUGUGUGUGUGUGUGUGUGUGUGUGUGUGUGUGUGUGUGUGUGUGUGGGGGUGGGGGUGGGUGUCGGUUCAGGCCUCUGCUCUCAUCUGUAUCUUAUCCGUCAAUAAAACUUCUCUCACUCUGUUCAAUUCUGUCUCUCUGCUCUCACUUCUUCUUCUCAACUUCUUCCUCUUGCAGCUACGUUUGUGUACGUUUCUGCUGAGACACCAAAGCAGGCCGCUGGUUCCCACCACGAGAGCACGGUCACACAUUAGUUUCUCCACUGAUGCUCUGGUCCCGUCUGUGCAGUCGGGUUUCUCCUGUUUCAAAUCUCUGCCAUGAUUUUUGAACCUUCAGCAGCACAACACAGUUGUUGGUUCAGUCUUUGUGGUCCGGUUGGAACAGAUGAGAAGAAUCUGUGCUCAAUAAAAAUGCAACUUAAUUGUGUAUGAAACCUUAAAGAUAGUCAGACUUUCUGAAGGGAUUUUCUUUACACUGAGCAUUAUUUAUUUAUAGUAAAUUAAUUUUUAUAUCACGUAGAGACAAGCUGAGAGGGCUCAUUGAUUUUUUUACACUUCAGUAUCUCCUUUGCUGAACAUCUUAAAAGCGCACUCAUUUGUUAUUUAAAAGAAAAGCUUUGUCUCGUUCAGUUAAACUUUGUGAAUAUUCAUAGGUGCCUGUGUUUUUAUGUGUUUUAGGUCCGACCUCGGCACAUAUGGACCAUAAAACCAAAACACUUUAAAACGACAGCGUAACCUGCAGUGAGACAUCAUGUGUUCUCUCUGCUGUGUCACUGGUACCAAAGGAACCGGCCUGUGAUCUAAGAGAGUCGGCUCAAUGCCGGAUCAAUCUGGACGGGGACGUGAAACAUGGACAUGGUGAUAAUGGAGCAGUGCACGAGUAAUAAGAAAACCUAAACGUUUGAAUGUACAGACUAAUAACCUGCUAAUACCUGCCUUAUUCUUCCUCUGAUUGGCUCGUGCUCGCUGCACAUUUAGGAGAAUUUAUGAAGGUUAUUGCUGGUGAAUAAGAUUGGUGGAAGGUUGGCAGAGACUAAUGUUUAAGUAUGGCAGCCUUCCUGUAUAGUGUUCUCAUAUAUAACUAUGAUAACCUGAUUAUGGGAGAUCAAUGCCUUUUUGUUUUUCAAAUGUUGCAAUAUGGAAUAAAAUUACAGAUCCGUUUAA